AUGAGACCCCAGGCUAGGGUGGUCUGCUCCCUGUUCUUCCUGCUGCGGGUCCUGGCUGAGCCGGUCGAGAACUCGGACUUCAGCCUGGCUGGGGAUUACCUCCUGGGUGGCCUCUUCACCCUCCACGCCAACGUGAAGGGCAUCGUCCACCUCAACCUCCUGCAGGUGCCCAAGUGCAAGGAGUACGAAGUGAAGGCGCUGGGCUACACCUUCAUGCAGGCCAUGCGCUUUGCGGUGCAGGAGAUCAACAACCGCAGCGGCCUGCUGCCGGGUGUGCAGCUGGGCUACGAGAUGGUGGACGUGUGCUACACCUCCAACAACGUGCAGCCCGUGCUCUUCUUCCUGGCAGGCAAGGACUACCUCCUGCCCAUCCAGGAGGACUACAGCCACUACCUGCCCCGCGUGAUGGCCGUCAUCGGCCCCGACCACUCUGAGUCCGCCGUGAUUAUGGCCAACUUCCUCUCCCUCAUUCUCCUCCCACAGAUCACCUACAGUGCCUUCAGCAGCAAGCUGCGCAACAAGCAGAGCUUCCCCUCGCUGCUGCGCACGGUGCCAGGUGCGGACCACCAGGUCGAGGCCAUGGUGCAGCUGAUGCUGCACUUCCACUGGAACUGGAUCAUCGUCCUGGUGAGCAGUGACGACUACGGCCGCGACAAUGGCCACCUGCUCAGCGAGCGCCUGGUGGGCCAAGACAUCUGCAUCGCCUUCCAGGAGGCGCUGCCCACGCCGCAGCCCAACCAGGAGGUGACGCGGCAGGAGCGCGAGCGCCUGGAGGCCAUUGUGGACAAGCUGCAGCAGAGCUCCGCACGCGUGGUGGUCCUGUUCUCGCCGGACCUGGCCCUGCGCAACUUCUUCCACGAGGUGCUGCGCCGAAACAUCAGUGGCAUCGUAUGGAUUGCCUCCGAGUCCUGGGCGGCCGAUCUGGUCCUGCACAGCCUCACCGAGCUGCGCCGCACGGGCACCUUCCUGGGCAUCACCACCCAGAGCGUGCCCAUCCCAGGCUUCGGCGAGUUCCACGCACUCCACGCUCAGGCCGGGCCGCGCACGUCCAACGGGAGCGCCACCUGCAACCAGGAGUGCGACACCUGCCUGGACACCCCUCAGUCCUUGUACACCUUGCUCAGAUAUUCCAGCCAGCGUGGGGCCUACAACGUGUACGCUGCUAUCUACGCCGUUGCCCACGCGCUGCACAGCCUCCUGGGCUGCAGCCAGACAGGCUGCCCCAAGAGGGUGGUCUAUCCCUGGCAGCUUCUUCAGGAGAUCAAGAAGGUCAACUUUACCCUCCUGGGCCACCGCAUCCACUUCGACCAGUACGGGGACCUGCCCGUCCCCCUGGAGGUCGUUCAGUGGCAGUGGGACCUGAGCCAGAACCCAUUCGAGAGCAUCGCCACCUACUACCCCAAGCAGCAGCAGCUGGAGUGUGUCCGCAAUGUCUCCUGGCACACGCCCAACGGCAUGGCCCCCGUGUCCAUGUGUUCCAAGGACUGCCAGCCUGGGCAGAGGAAGAAGGCCAUGGGCGUCCAUUCCUGCUGCUUCGAGUGUCUCGACUGCCUCCCUGGCACCUUUCUCAACAAAACUGCAGAUGAGUUUGACUGCCAGCCCUGCCCCAGUAAUGAGUGGUCCCACAGGGGAGACGCCUCCUGCUUCAAGAGGCAACUGGUCUUCCUGGAAUGGCACGAAGCGUCCACCAUCGCUGUGGUCAUGCUGGCCAUCCUGGGCUUCCUCAGCACCCUGGCCAUCCUGGUAAUAGUCUGGAGGCACUUCCAGACGCCCAUGGUCCGUUCCGCUGGGGGCCCCAUGUGCUUCCUGAUGCUGGUGCCACUGCUGGUGGCGUACCUGAUGGUCCCCACGUACAUAGGGCUGCCCACGGUCCCCACGUGCUUCUGCCGCCAGACCUUCUUCACCCUCUGCUUCACCAUCUGCAUCUCCUGCAUCGCCGUGCGCUCCUUCCAGAUCGUCUGCGUCUUCAAACUGGCCAGCCGCCUCCCGCGCGCCUAUGCCUACUGGGUCCGCUGGCACGGGCCCUACGUCUUUGUGGCAUCCAUGACGGCGCUCAAGGUGGCCAUCGUGUCGAGCAGCCUGCUGUCCACAACCACCAGCCCCACCACCCUCACUGACCCCGACGACCCCAAGGUCAUGAUCCUCUCCUGCAACCCCUACUACCUCAAGGGGUUGCUGGUCAACACCAGCCUGGACCUGCUGCUCUCCGUGGCAGGCUUCAGCUUCGCCUACAUGGGCAAGGAGCUGCCGACCAACUACAACGAGGCCAAGUUCAUCACCUUCUGCAUGACUUUCUAUUUCAGCUCCUCCGUCUCCCUCUGCACCUUUAUGUCUGUCUACAGGGGGGUGCUGGUCACCAUCCUGGACCUCUUGGUCACUGUGCUCAACCUCAUGGGCAUCAGCCUGGGCUACUUUGGCCCUAAAUGCUACAUGAUCCUCUUCUUCCCGGAGCGUAACACGCCAGCGUACUUCAGCAGCAUGAUUCAGGGCUACACCAUGGGGAGGGACUAG